UCCAAUUCUCUCUUCUACUUCUAAAUCUCCAAGUUUCUCUCUUCUUCUCUAAAUAUCCAAGUUUCUCUCUUCUUCUCUAAAUCAAUUCUCUUUUAUCAAAUGUCGCAAAUUUCAGUAAAUAUCGAUGAAGUUGAUAUAUGCAAGUGUGGUUAUUAUUGUCGACUGAAAACUUCGAGGACUCCUUUGAACCCAGGUCGUCGAUUUUUUGGAUGCAAAUCAUCAAAGGAAAAUGGUGGAUGUGGAUAUUUUAGAUGGAUUGAUCCGUCGCUUGAAAAUGUUGAUGAAUCAUCCUCAAUGAAUAGACUCAUAGACGGUCAAAAUCCGAUUGAUCGACUAAAGAGAAAAGUGAAAGAGCUUGAAGAAGAAAAAGAUUCUUUGAAAUUUCAAUUGAAUGAAAGUGAAGUGAAAUUGAUGGUAUUGAACAAGAAGCUUAAGGAAGUUAAACUCCAAAGGGAUUGGGAAAAUGUCAAAUUUAACCGAGUUGUGAUUGUUUUUCUUUGUCUACUAACUAUUAAAUGGUUCUUUAAUAUUUUGUAG